AUGGAUUUCUCGGUAAAGUGGAAGUCGCUAUGGCCAAUAUCAUCCGUAUUCUUACCCCCACUCCUCCUCUCACCCACUAAAAUCGAACCUCUAAUCUUCAACCCAUCGCCAACUACAUUCACCCAACUCUUCUCUUCCCCUUAUCUCUCCCCUCUUCUCCUUCCUCCUUUCCCCAAUCUCUCUCUUACGAGAUUCCUCCAAACUUGCACCGUAGACUCUUUUCUCUUACCUUCCACACGCACAUCUAUUGCUACCCAGUUUGGGCCUCAAGUCCCUGACCCAUCACCACUACUCCACAACCGCAUUCAAUUGCUCCGAUGCCAUGGAAUUGCGUCUGUUGUUGCAUUUUUUCCUACUAGCGAUAACUCUGAUCAAGUAGGGUUUGUGAUUCUCCCAGUGAAAGAUACCCAGUUGGAUGUUAGAGCUUUGGGUGACAGUGGGGAUGUUUUUGUAGCAGAAACUAAGUUGAAUCAACGUAUUCUGAGAUUAUUGGUGAACCCAGUUGCCGACUUUGAUUUUUUGUGUUCUAGUUCAGAGAGUGGUGAAUUUUUCUUGUUUGAUUUGGAUUCUUGUUGUAAAACCAGGGGUUUGAUUAAGAGAUUUUUGGGAAAGAAGCUAAGAAUUUUAUGGAGUGAUUUCGUUGAUUUGGAGAAGGGGCAGUGGUUGAGUUGUGAAUUUAGCUGGCAUCCGAGAAUUCUGAUUGUUGCUCAUUCUAGUAAUGUGUUUUUAGUUGAUUCGAGGUCAGAGGGAUGCAGUGUCACCCCUUUAAUGAAGAUUUACAGAUUGGUUAUGGGUAAUCCUAUGAGGAGUGAUCAAUUUGUUGCAUUAGCUAGGGCUGGUUCUGAUGGAUUUUAUUUUACUAUGGCCUCCAAUUACUUGCUAAUUUUAUGUGAUGUAAGGAAGCCACUCUCAUUAUCUGGUCGUGGUUGUAACUGUGGAAGUUGUCUUGUAAGUGAAAAAUUCCCAAAGGAUGCUCUUCCUGAAUGGAUUGAUUGGCGGCAGAAGAACGAAAUAGUUUUGGGGUUUGGCAUCCUCGAUAAAAACCUCUCUGUUCAGUUGUAUGAGCCAGAUAGUUUCGGUGGAUUUUUAGUGAUUAGGAGGAUGUCCUCAGGAAAGCUUGAAUUGCAAACAUACUGUGCCGCUUGGGAAUUUUUGAAUAAUUCAGAAGCCCACAAAGGAUCAUCUCUUCAUUUUGAAGAUUCUCUUUUGUAUUCAGUAGAUGACGAGGAAUAUAACUUUCCCAAGAAGUUUCAGUACCUGAAAUGUGACUAUCUUGAGGGUAGUUUGAAAGAUAAUCUUGCCAAAGUCCUGGUUAAUAAAUUCAGAAAGCUCGGUGAAUGUCCUGGCGGAAAGGACUCUUCUGAGUCAGACUUCCAUCAACAUAUAUGUCAGAAGUCGAAGGCUUAUGGGUUCACCAAAUUGAGAUCCUCUCCUGCAAUUUACGACGUUUUGAAGUACAUCAACUCGCCAACUAUCAUACAUGAUACUGCUUUAAAGAGCAUUUGGGCUGGCUUGCCUAUAAGUAUUUUACGUUCAGCUUUCUCCACCUACUUUGACCUCCUUGAAGUUCUUAUGAACCACAAAAAGGUAACCCCAGAAUUUUUGGAUAUUCUGAAUCAAGGCCAAUUGCCACCUUUUCCCUUGCGGAAGCCUUCAUGUCGUAGUAGUAAGUGGUCACACAAAAUGCAGCCUAGUGAUGCUUUAGUUAGACCAAUUGUUCCUAUUCGUGUUUUGAUUAUACUUCGUAAGCUUUAUGAGGCCGAGGAAAUAGAUGGAUUGUCUGCUAACACGGAGCUUGAACUUCACUGCAAUAAAGUCAUGCAGGUAGCCAAUGAAGUUGAUGCAUCGACUUCUGGUUCUGGGCUUCAUAAUGAACAUGUUGUUUCCCUUGCCGAUGAUACAGAAGAGACGUGUUAUGUCUCUCAAAACGAAAAGUUUUAUUCUUUGCAUGAACCAGUUGUGUUUUCAGGCAAGCUCUCUACUAUUGAUCCAACCCCAAGGAGUUCUAGAUGUGAGAAUGAGAGAUUUACAACCUUAAUUUUCAAAAAGCAUCAGGAACUUGUCUCCAAUUCCAAAAUGAAGAUGGGUGGACUAGAACUAUUUGACAAGUGGUGCCCAUCAGAGUUGAAGUUUAAUGAUCGUGCCAUGAACUUUGGGCUGAAGGAGCUAAAAACUUACAAAUUGUUGAUGCGCCACGACAAAAAAUUUUAG